AUGGCUGCCCGAAAGCCCAUGCUGGAGAACUGCGUCUCCCGACAUGCUCUGGGCACCCAACAUGGCCUCCAGGAAGUCCAGUGCCCGAGAACUGCAUCUCCCGGCAUGCUCUGCGCACCCAACAUGGCCUCCAUGGUUUGGGUCAAUCCUGGGCAUGAAGACGGACUAGGAGAAGCACUCUUUGAGAGCAGUCCUGCAGAGAAGGGCUUGGGGGUUCUGGCGCUGAAUUUGAAAACCACUGUGAAAGGGGAUACACCACCUACCCUGGCAACCACCAGCUUCUGUAAAAAGGAGCCUUGGGAGUCCCAAUCUUUCUGCAGUAAUUUUCCUCAUGAAGUUGUCUGUGCAGAUUCCUGGGGCCAGUCCUUGCUGGUUUCUACAGACGCUGGCAUCUUGUUAAUUGAUGAUGGUCAGCCAUCAGUUCAAGUAUUUGAUAAAACUCUCCAAAUAAAGCAGAUGCAUGUGUUGGAAGCUCUGGAUCUUUUGAUUGCCCGAACAGACGAAAGAAAAGACUCUCGUCUCCUUGUCUUCAGAUUGAGUGCUGUCCAAAAAGAUAUAGAAACAAAGCAGAUGAUAAGAAGCAAAUAUGACUGCAGAGAAAAUAAAUUGGAGAGAACAAAAGGCUGCCAUUUGCAUGCCAUUAAUACUCGCCAUGGCAGUGAACUGAGGAUUGUUGUGGCUAUUCGGAACAAACUACUUCUCAUCACAAAGAAAUACAAUCCAUACAACAGUUUAACCAGUAGCUCUCUGCUGUCAUUACCUGAAUCUCCAGUAGACGAGUUCCAGUACAUCUGGGAAAUAUGCCUUUCUGACCCUCCAGUGGUUAUGACACUGGUGGAUGGACCGACUGGAGACAGUGACGAUAUGAUCUGUGUGGCGUAUCGGCAUCAGUUUGAUUUAGUUAAUGAAAGUAUUGGGGAGUCCUAUAGACUGCAUCAUGUUGAAGCAAACAAAGUAAAUUUUGUUGCAGCUAUUGAUGUAUAUGAAGAUGGUGAAGCUGGCCUACUGUUAUGUUAUAACUAUGUUUGCCAAUAUAGAAAGGUGGAUCCUUUUAAUGGAGGUUCUCCACUCAUCCAGUCAUCGGCUUUCUAACUUUCUAACUUUUAAACUAACUUUCAAUUUAGCUGGAAUCAAGUUCCUUAUGCUGUUGUCUGCGCUUUCCCUUCUAUCCUUGCCUUCACUACUGAUUCCAUUGAGAUCCAAUUAGUGGUGAGUGGAAACUUAGUCCACACAGCAUUUGUGCCUGAGCUUCAGCUUGUAGCAUCAAGAUCAGAUAUUUAUUUGAAAGCUACUGCUGCAGUAAGGGGAUCAUCUCAUAGCAGUUCUAAGGAAAUGAGUUCAAGUUCUCCUCAAGCACCGACGGCUUAUGAAAUACCAGAAUGUCCUCUUUCUUCUUGAGAAGGUGAAGUUCCAGGCUGGAGUAGUGGGCCCACGUGAACCUAAUGAGGUUCAACAAGUCCAAGUGCAAGGUGCUGCACCUGCGUCAGGGAAAUCCCAGAUAUGAGGACAGACUAGGAGAAGCACUCAUUGAGGGCAGACCUGCAGAGGAGGACUUGGGAGUUCUGGUGGACAAAAGGAUCGACAUGAACCAGCAGCGUGCACUUGCAGGCCAAAAGGCCAACUGCAUCCUGGGCUGCAUCAACAGAGGAGUGGCCAGCCAGUUAAGGGAGGGGAUUAUUGUCCCCCCUCUACUCCACCCUUCUGAGGCCUCACUUGGAGUACUGCAUCCAGGUCUGGACCCCCAGCACAAGAAAGAUUUGGACCUGUUAGUGCGAGUACAGAGGAGGGGCUACAAAGAUGAUCAGAGGACUGGAGCACCUCUCCUAUGAAGAAAGGCUGAGAGAGCUGCAACUGUUCAGCCUGGAGGAGAGAAGGUUACAGGGAGGACCUCACUGUGACCUUUCAAUAAUUAAAGGAGUCUUGUAAAAAAGAUGGAGAAGGACUCUUUACUCGGGUAGAAAAUGAUAGAAUGUGGGAAGUGGUCUUAAACUAAAAGAAGAUAGGUUUAGAUUAGACUAGGAGGAAAUGCUUCACUGUAAGGGUAGUGAGGCACAUGUAACCAAGAGAAGUCGAUGCCCCAUACCUGGAGGUGUUCAAGGCAAGGCUGGAUGGGGCUUUGGCCAACCUGAUCUAGUGGGUGGUGUCCCUAUCCAUGGCAGGGGGGUCAGAGUUAGAUGAUCUUUAAGAUCCCUUCUAACACAAGCCAUUCUAUGAUGAUUCUAUUGUAACCAUAUUCUAAGCCAUCUGGGAACUUUUUAGUUAGUGUCGCGUUAAA